GUUCAGAAAAUGGGGAAAUUGCUAAAUGAACUAGGAGAGGAAGCCCUGAAUAAGGAGUUUUGUCAAAAUAUUGCAAAAAGUUUUACUCGAUCCUCCGGUCGAGCUGGGAAACCGAUUGUAAAAUGGACUGAGGUUCACAGUUGGUUCCAAAGUAGAAAGGAAGAUUCAGCAAAAGCAUCCGAAAAUGUGCCUGAUAUCUCAGGAGCUUCUCCCCCAAUUAAGGCAGUUGAAAGUUCUAAAACGCUUAAAGGUGGUUCUCAUAUUUACAUACUACUUUAA